CCCUGCAAUGAAGCCAGACCACGCCUAACCUAGUUACAGUACUCCGCUUCCGUUCCGCCUAGCAGCGUGUCGCUGAUUCUAGGAGCUGUCGUUCCAUUCGCGUUCACGCCAACAUUCCCUUCUCUUCUGUCAAACAAGCGUCAGCAUUCGUGGACUCGUUUUCCGAUCUCCAUCCAAGCCGUUCUUCACGACGUGAUUCUCUGAUCUCCACCAGACCGACCCUGCCUGCGCUCGCAUAUACCCAUCCCCCACCAGACAGUUUUCGCUACAGUAGUACACCUUUGCUUCCUCUUCGGUAUAACUAUUUCCGCUCUACUCCCUGUCCAGGGUCGUCUUCACUUCCCCGGACGAUACCUAGCCGAACCUCGUCCCGGUUUUGAAAUGUGAUAGUGGAGCUUUCUACGUUCGGAUUCGAGCUUCGUCCUUUCGCAUUCAUCCGUUCGUCCGCUUGUCGUUUCCUGAAUGGUCCAACACCGCAUUUCUCGGUCCAUGCUGCUGGAACCAUCCCCAGCCGCCACGUGGCAACCGCUCCGCACUUGGCGCAGCAGCGACGCGCCGGAAUCCCUCUUUUCCCGCGCGAACCACAACUUCCCGUUCCCGCAAUCCCUCGCCGCAUCUUUCUUUCCCGCGUUCUCCACCGUCGGAUUUCUCAACCAUUUCCUAGAUUCGCAUCCGAAUACCGGUAAUACUCGCACAGUUAUUUCCGACAUGGCUCCUUCCUCGCGCGUCAUGAUCGCGAGUGUUAGCGUGUGCGUGAUAGUCGCCAUUGGGGUUUGCUACCUUUGCAUGCGGAAAAAGCGGAGAGGGGGGGAUGGGGACGACGGGCCUGGCACGUCAUCAGCAGGAGCAGCUGGAGCGGCUACUAACGGCGAAACUCGCGUGCCGCUGCUGUUUUCUCAGGACUGGGGCGACGAGACGGAGGACAUAGAGCAGCAGUCCUUUCCCCCCUCGCAGCCCCCUGCCGAGCAACAAGCAGCAGACGAAGCGGCACGGGCGGCGCGGCAGAAGCAGUGGGAGGAGGAGCGGCGGCAGGCUGAGGCCGAGGCAGCAGAGGAGGCAGCGGCGGCGGCUGCAGCGGCGAAUAAGAGAGCGAGGAAGGAGGGGGGGGCGCGGCAGGGGAGGGUGAAGUUUGGGGAGUCAACUGUGCGGGAGUAUGAUGCUACGGAGGGGGUGGAGGGGGACGAGAGUGCGGAGGCAGCCCCUGCUGCUGCGUCUGCUGUUCCUGCUGCUACCCCCGCGGCUACUGCUGCAAAGAGGGCGGCUAAGAAGGAAGGCGCCACAUUGGUGCUCGAGGUGAUCAGCGGGCCGGCGUCGGGCAGCAAGCUGGUGCUGAAGAACGAGAAGCUGGACCCCUGGCCGUCUGCCACCAUAGGGCGGGUGAAGGCGAACGAUCUGCAGCUGAACGACGGGGAGGUGUCCAGCAAACACGCCUAUGUCACCUGGAACGCGCUGUCGGGGCGGUGGGAGGCGGUGGACCGCGGUUCCUUAAACGGCACCCUACUGAACGAUGUGACGAUCAGUGCAGAGGCGGAUGAGGAGGGCGAGCGCACGGAGGGGCGGCCGUGCCAGCUGGCGGACGGCGAUGUGAUCACGUGCGGAUCGCAGUCGCGCAUUCUGGUGCGCCUACUGGCAGAUACGAGCAAGGUGGAGAGACCGUGUCCCGACGCCCCAUUCGACAUCGCCAUAGCAGCAGACCCCAUGCGGGCGCGCAAGGGCGGCAAGCCGCUGCCCAUGGAGGAUGUGCCGCUGUGCGAAUGGCCCCUCAGAGGGCUGCAGGACAUCGGCAUCUGCUGUGUGUUUGACGGCCACGCUGGCAGGCAGUGUGCGGAUAACGUCAAGAGAAUCUUCCCGGACAAACUCUCUCAGGAGCUGCUCAAGGGAGGCAAGCACGUGGUGGUGCGCAUGAGCUGCAACGCCACGGACGUGCUCAAGGCAGCCUUCAAGGCCACGGAGGAGGAGCUCAAUAACGAGGACGAGGGCUGCACUGCCACCGUGCUGCUCGUGUGGAAGGCCUUCCAGCCGCCACACCGGCUGUGGGUGCAGGCCGCUAAUCUGGGAGACUCGCAUUGUGUGCUGGGGCUCGGGAGUGCGAGCGAGGAGGACGUGGUGCAGAUGACGGAGGACCACCGGCUGACCGGCCCGGUGGAGAAGGACAGGCUGGCGUCCAUCGGCAAGCCCAUGCGCGAGGGGGAUACCCGGCUGUGCGGCAUGAACAUCGCGCGUGUGUUUGGCGACAAGUUCCUCAAGCAGCAGGACGUGGGGCUCUCCUCAGACCCCUUCAUACACGCGCCUCUGCAGCUGCCCGUGCCAGAGGGGGAGGCGAGCAAGCCAGUUGUCGGGGUCAUUGCAAGUGACGGCUUAUGGGAUGUGAUGUCAGUCAAACGAGCAAUCCAAGUGGCACUAGAGGCCCGGAAGGAGCAGGAGGAGGGGGGAGGGGAGGGCACCACGGCAGAGGCAAUGGCAAGCGCCCUGGUGGCCAAGGCACGCACGUUGAGGACGCAUGACAACACCACCGUGGUCGGUUUAGAUUUCACCAGCAUGCUGCAAAGCAUGGCAUGACACACUGUGAGCCGGGUUUGUUCUGGAGAACUCAAGAAGUGCCUUGGAUGGUGGCCAAGGCACACACGUUGAGGGCGCACGACAACACCCCAGUGGUCGGUUUAGACUUCACCAGCAUGCUGCAAAGCAUGGCCUGAUGAUGGUUUGUAGCUGGGGAUAAAAUUUUUCAGGCUCCUAAACAAUUGUCUCAUCUCAUCGCAAGUGCUUUGGUGGGCAAAGCGCUGACACUGAGAACGCGUGUCAACAACUCCACGUCGGAUUGGAUUGGUGGUGGUGACUAUGUGAUGGUGUCUUAAAGCGGGACGUUGUAGGAGACAAUGAUUGCUGGUUAGGGUACGUUAUGUAGAUUUUCCUGGUUCGAAAUAUUGCCAGGAUGUUGAGGUGUUGAAGCCUGUGCUGGAAAUUAUUUAAAAAAGAGAAGCAU